CGCCGGAAGUGGGCGGCCGGGCGGCCCGACUGGUGGCAGUGCGCAAGGGCCUAGGCUGCCGUGGAAUCCGGGGCUAGCCAGACUGAGGGGAGUGAGAAGGCCCAGAGGCGAACUCGAAGAGGAGCUUCGGCGCCCCGAAGAGAAACCCGGCUACACCUGCCCGGGAGCCGGCGUUCUGUGAAGAUGGCAGGGCCAGAGCUGCUGCUCGACUCUAACAUCCGCCUCUGGGUGGUCCUGCCCAUCGUUAUCAUCACCUUUUUCGUGGGCAUGAUCCGCCACUACGUAUCCAUCCUGCUUCAGAGCGACAAGAAGCUCACCCAGGAACAAGUCUCCGACAGUCAAGUCCUAAUUCGAAGCAGAGUCCUCAGGGAAAAUGGAAAAUACAUUCCCAAACAGUCUUUCUUGACACGAAAAUACUACUUCAACAACCCAGAGGAUGGAUUUUUCAAAAAAACUAAAAGGAAGGUAGUGCCUCCUUCUCCUAUGACUGAUCCCACUAUGCUCACAGACAUGAUGAAAGGCAAUGUAACAAAUGUCCUCCCUAUGAUUCUUAUUGGUGGAUGGAUCAACAUGACAUUUUCAGGCUUUGUCACAACCAAGGUCCCGUUUCCACUGACCCUCCGUUUUAAGCCUAUGCUACAGCAAGGAAUCGAACUUCUCACGUUAGAUGCAUCCUGGGUGAGUUCAGCAUCCUGGUACUUCCUCAAUGUCUUUGGGCUUCGGAGCAUUUACUCUCUGAUUCUUGGCCAAGAUAAUGCUGCUGACCAAUCACGGAUGAUGCAGGAGCAGAUGACGGGAGCAGCCAUGGCCAUGCCCGCAGACACCAACAAAGCUUUCAAGACGGAGUGGGAAGCGUUGGAGCUGACGGAUCACCAGUGGGCACUAGAUGACGUCGAAGAGGAGCUUAUGGCCAAGGACCUCCACUUCGAAGGCAUGUUCAAAAAGGAGCUACAGACCUCUAUUUUUUGAAGACCAAACAGGGUUUAGCUAUGUCAGGACCUCGGAGUAGCGCUUAACCUUGUCACUGCCGUUUGAGCUGGAGCCUCUCAGAAUAAAAAGGAGGAUGCAUGAGCUGGUGGCGGGUGUGCAGGAGGAUUGUUCUUGUCUGAGCCGGGUUCUCUUUCACGCUUGACACUAGAGGAAAUACGAGGGAUGUGUGCUGGGUGACUUACCUGGAAACAGCUAUUUUUAAAAUGUUUUAAAUUUUCCUUCUGGCGACUCUAGUAAUAAAAGAGAAAGGGGGAAGACUCAAGCUAGUGAUUAUAUAUAAAACUUAGCAAAAAUUCAACCUUUGGAAAAAGCAUUAUCAGUUAUAACUAAUUAUUAUGUACAGUCAGCCUGUCUUCUGACCAUGGUAAACUCCUGUUCUCUUGGGAGCCAAGCACCCUGUGUUUUACCUUUAAUUUUCGUUAGUAUUUUUAUAACUUUCUUUAUACAAAUAAUACAUUUUCAUUACUGAAAAUUUUGGAACUAUGGAUGAGCAAAGUGAAAUUUCCUGUGGUGUUCAUUUUGAGCCUACAGAAUGACAAAGAGCAAAUGUGUCAAAACCUGAUUCAAAUAAACUCUUCAGAGUGAAUACCCGGGGCCAGGACAGACUUAGCAAACCUUCUAUGCUCUCAGUGCUGCCCAGCGAACAUCAGGGCCCUGAGACACUGCCAGAUUCUCACAUGCCUUUGGGAUCGUCAGAGAAGGGUUCAACAACACGAGGUCUUGAUCUGGACUUCAGAAUGUAUCUAAUCCAUUGACGAAUCAAUGGUGCUGUGCUGUCAAUGGCUACUCGGUGGAACAAAAGGCCCCAUUUCCCAGUUAUUCUGCAUAAGAGAGAGUUGACAUACCGCUGUAAGAAGGGAAAGAGGGUGAUUGCUGGCAGACACAUAGUUAAGGGUUGCCCCAGAAUAAAUCUCUGGAUUAACUCUCCCGGGAAAGUGGCAGGGUGCCGUUUCUGUACCAAGAGGCGAAUGUAAUUUGCAUGUUGAGCACUGUAAUCAACAACAAAUGACUCUUGACUCUACAAAUUAAACCAUCCUGUUUUCUCUUC